AUGGCCGAGACGGCCGGUGACGCGAAUCCCGCGGCGUCAUCAGGCGCCGUCGCCGAGGACGAUGGCGACGUGGCGUUCCUCGAAGCCGCGAGGAGCGCCGCGGCCGCGUCGCUCGAGAAACGCCGUGCGCAUCUGCGCGCCCGCGAGGCACGCGCGCGAUCCGCCACCGUCGCGACGCGCGCCCCGAACCUCGGGAGCAUCGACGAGUCCCGCGUCGUGAACGGCGACGGACGGACCGAUACCAUCGCCGGCGCAUCCAACGCGAGCGGCGUCGCGCGCAAGGUGGUCGCCCGCGCGAGCGGCGGCGUCGACCGUCUCGCCGGAACCCCCGCCUCGCACCGCCGCGGCGACGGAAACGAAAACGCGAGAGACGACGGGAAAAACGCGAGCAAGACCGCCCUCGGCGACGACGUCAGUCCCGCGCUGGUGCGGGGCAGAGAGGGCGCGCGCGCCGUCGUCGACGGCUCCGACCCCAUCGGCGUCACCGCCGUGUUCAUCGAGACCGAUCGCGUCUCAGCCGGCGGCGCGUUCGAGACAAUCUUCUGCGGAUACGCCGACGGAUCGAUCCGCCGCUUUCACCGCCCGGCGCCGGCGUCGGAAACCGUCGGAAACGCUCGCGGGAAGACGACGCGCGCGGGAUGGACCGAGCUCGACGCCGUUCACGCGCCGGAGCCGUGGAACGACGCCGCAGGGUCGGUUCGUAUCAUCAAACGCGUCGGUUCGGGUCGCGCGGGAAAAGCCGACGACGAGGGCGGGGGCGGGCGGCUCUUCGCCGCGUUCGACAACGGCUCGUGGGUGCGGUUCGAGAUGACCCGGGGUCAGUGGCGACUCGUCGAGACCCCGGUGCUCGGCCCGCAUCCGGAUUUCGCCAACGCCUUUCGCCUGCGACCGCAACUCCGGGGUAACAAGUGGGUCAGCAAACGAGCGCGGUGCCUCGCGAUGUGCCACGUGGACACGCGAGACGGCACCGACGGCGUCCUUUACCUGUCCUCGCCCGUGCACGGGGAGCACUGCGUGUACCGAUGGGAGAUUCCCCGGGCCGUGUGCGACGUCGUCGCGGAGGCGGAGGCGGAGGCGAAUGCGUCCGCGUCCGUCGAACCCCCUUCGACGCCGGAACAUAAGACGGCGGUGGGCGACGUCACUCAAUGCGCUCCGGCGAAGGAACCCUCCGUCGCUACAGCAGACGACCCGGGCGCGUGGGAGAGGUUCAAGCUCGACGUGUGGGGCGUCGCGACGAAGAUGGACCGCCACGCUGACGCCGUCGCCGCCAUCGCCCCCUUCCCGGCGCUCGGCCCCGACGCGUGCGUCACCGGCGGGAACGACGGACUCGUCUGCGUGUGGUCCAACGUUUUGAACACGCGCGUGGGGGGCGAAACCGGCGACUCGCACGACGCGCCGCUGUAUCCCGCGUGCGCCGUGAACGCGUCAGCCGCGGUGCGAGCCAUCGCGGUCGCACCCGACGCGUCCACCGUGUUCACCGCCGGGUCCGAUCGCAACGUCCAGGCGUGGGCGGUGCACCGAAAGCACCGGAAAGGCCACGGCGCGGACGUGCGACUGGUGUACACGCGGUCGUUCGCGGGGGGGCACGAGGGUUUCGUCACCGCGCUCGCGGUUCUCCCGGGCCGGGGCGCCGCCGGACAGCGCAGCAGGUGCGACUUUCUGUUGUCCGGGAGCGAGGGCGGGACGAAGGGCGAUUUGUUCGUUCCAGGCGACGGCGGCGUCAAGGUUUGGCGCGUCGCCGACGGCGCCGAGGUACAAACCGCGGAUACCAUGAAAAAGGAAGGGACGUGCGAGGCGCUCGUCGUGCGAACGGAUCGCGACGGGGGCGCGAUCGGGGUGCUCCGCGGGGGCGGGGACGGCGCGGUGGUGGAGUGGGACGUGGAGUGGGGGGUGGGGAGCGGGAACCGCCGGGACUUUCCCCGCGGGUUCCUGACGCAGUGA